CACUCGCGGCGCGCAUCCCGCCUCACGCACGCGCGGACCUGCGCGCACGGCACACACGGGCACCAACCGCGUGUUUAUUGUUGAAAACUUUCUGUAAACUAUUAUUAUAAUACUUAAUACCUUUUAUAAAAAAUCUGAACAUUUUAAUUUAAUUAUCGAAAAUAAUUAUUAAGUAUAUUAAUAAGUGUUAAACUGUGUGUGUUAUCUAAAGCAGAAAACCUUCGCUUAAAAUUUGUGAAAGUACAUAUAUAUUUUAGUAACAAAUAUUGAUAAACUUUAUGACUUAAUUGAUAAAACUUUAGCUUUUGUACUAUACUUUUUAUGAAGUUAAAAUCAUUAAAGAAACUACAAAAACAAACAAAUUUUUAGAAAGGCUUUGCGCCUAGAACUCCACCCGAGUGAUUAAAGGGAUAGGUAACUUUUGAAGACUUGAAGCUAGCCUAAGUAUGGAGAAGAAGCCAGCUGCAUAUCAAGAGUCUCGCGUGGAGGCGAGCGGGGUGGACACAGACCGGCUGAUGCAGGAGCUGGGCCAGUUCCGGCGGUUCCAUCUCAUCAACUACUGCCUGCUGGCGCUCGUUGGCUACGUCGCCGCGCACUACGCCAUCAACUACGUGUUCCUGGCUGGAGACGUCCACUACAGAUGCGUGAUCCCAGAAUGCGAGGCGCCCAACAGCACGGAGUUCUACCCCAAGUGGCUACCGUCUCGUGCGGUGGACGUGGACCUGCGAACGCGUCGCUGCAUGCGCGCGCGCCCCGCCGACGAGGGAGCCUGCCACGCCGAGGGGUUCGGUGAACACUUGGAGCUCUGCGACCAGUGGCUGUAUGCCUCGAAGGAUACUAUCGUUGCUGAGUUUAACUUGGCGUGUCAAGAGUGGAAGCGCACGCUGGUCGGCACAAUACACAACAUUGGUAUGCUGGUGUCUCUGCCCAUCCUCGGAUACAUAUCAGAUCGUUGGGGCAGGAAGCGCGCGUUGAUCCUGAGUUGCACCCUAGUGGGCGCCAUCGGCACACUCAAGGCUUUCUCCGUGUCCUACGAGAUGUACGUCAUUAUUGAGUUCUUGGAGACCAUCGCCGGCGCCAGCGCCUUCCCCGCCGCCUACAUACUCACAAUCGAGCUACUAGGACAAGACAAACGAGUGUUGACGACAGCAUUCUUAGGAAUAGUGCUGGUCAUCGGGGGCCUGAGCUUCGCCUUACUCGCGAAGACCUUCUCUUACUGGCGGACUUUCAUCCUUAUCGCGUACCCUCCGUCCCUUCUAUUCCUAUCAUAUAUUUACUUACUACCUGAAAGCAUAAGGUGGUUGCUAUCAAAAGGAAGGAAAGAAGAAGCGGUAGAGAUCAUAAUGCGAGCAGCGAAGAUGAACAAAGUGACGUUAUCAGAGGAGACGAUGAGACAGCUUACAGAGGAGAAAGUGAAACCAAUAGACGAGAAGACUGAGAGCAAAGAGAACGAAGGUCUGUGGAUGCAGGUGGUGCGGUCGCCGAUCAUAAUGACGCGGCUAGCGAUCUGCUCAUGGUGGUGGAUCACAUGCACUUUCGUGUUCUACGGGCUGGCCAUCAACUCAGUGUCGCUGGCGGGGGACAAGUACACCAACUACAUGCUGGUGGUGAGCGUGGAGGUGAUUGCGGUGGUCACCAACGCGCUGGUGCUCGACAAGUUCGGCCGCAAGAGGACGCUGCUUGUCGCGUACACUGUAUGCGGGAUCGCGUGUGUGGCCAUCACUUUUGUGCCAUCUACUAUGGCAUGGCUGGCGACGCUGCUGUACCUGCUGGGCAAGAUCGCCAUUACGCAGGCGUUCAGUGGCAUCUACAUGUACACGUCGGAGUUGUUCCCGACGCAUGCGCGCCACAGCCUGCUCGGCUUUUGCUCCAUGGUCGGCAGAAUCGGGUCUAUCGUCGCGCCGCAGAUGCCGCUGCUGGCGAUAUACGUGUCAUGGCUGCCGUCAGUGCUGUUCGGCGCGACGGCGCUGGUCGCGGGCGCGCUGAUGCUGACCACGCCGGAGACGCUCAACACGCGGCUGCCGGACACUAUCGCUGAAGCGGAGCAGCUGGCGCGGCCGCGGCGCAUGUUUGAGUCUAACCAGAUGACGUCACGAUGCUAGCGACAGUGGUUGAUAGAGUCAAAAAGGCCAACGCAGUAUAAAGAUUACAAGAACAAACAUAAAGUUUAUAAGUAAUCCUAACGCUUAAACUUGCUGCAACCCACUGGUCUUGACUAGAUAAAGUAACAACGCUAAAUAAUAAUAAACAUAAGAAUAAUAAACAUCUACCGUUGAGAGAUAGAUAAUGUUGAGUCGAGAGAGAUAAUGUUACUUAUUAUUAUACAAAAAAAAAACUCCUUGUUUUAGACAAAAUAUGGACAUAAAUAAUAUGUUAUCCCGAAUGGGACUUUGUUUACAACAGUGUUUACAUGCCCUUUAAUACAAUUUAGAAUUUUAAGGCACGUUCAGGGUGAUAAAAUGUUAUAAGUACUCUAUAAAAAGGUACAUCAACUUACUGUUUCUUUUAUUUAUAUAUUGAUAUUAUUUAAAAAUCAGUGCCAACUCUAUCACAAAUCUUUUUACACAAUGCCAUAAGAGAAUUUACAGAUUUUUUCCUUCAUCGACUCAAGUGGAAUCUGGUUUGUAUUGCGAAGACUUCUUGUUUAUAUCUUUAGCCGUACGAUUUAUUUUACUACUUACCUUUAUACUUACCUAUAUAUUUAUCUAGAAUACGUACGUACAAGAAAAAUAUUGUUUGUUACCUGUAUAGUAAGAAUAUGCGAGUCUCGGACUGCGUCGUGCCUUGUUAUUAUUAUAAUCAUAUUUUAUGUUUACUUCUUCAAUGCAAAGGAUCAUUGGCUUUUGAGAUAAAAUAUUUCAAUUCCUGCCACGUACGAAUAUUUCAAAUGCGUCUAAUGUGUUAAUGGAAAUCUAUCAAUCAUAAUCUCAGUCAAUAAUGCUUUCAAUGUACACCGCAGUUCGGGACCCGAUGUAAAUAAAAUAAUUUAUUCUAUAAUAA